AUGGCUCUGCGCCGACUGGUGGCUGCCUCCGCGGUUGCCGUGUGCUCCGCACGGCUGACAAGGUGGGAGAGCCACGGCGAGUUGAUGGAUGAGGAGGCCUUGCAGGAGAAGGCUGUCUCGCAGGAUUUGAUCGAUGCCGUGAACUCCGCUGAAGGCUCAACAUGGACGGCAGGCGAGAACAUCCGCUUUGCAGGUGCCACACUGAAAGACGCCAAGAUUCUUAUGGGGACCUUGCAAGACUUGGACCAUGGCAGCGUUCUUCCCUACAAGGCUCCUGAGGAUGUCGAGUUGCCAACGGAGUUUGACUGGCGAACGGAUGCGCGAGCACAGAAUUGCCCCAGCUUGAAGGAAGUCCGCGAUCAGGCCGACUGCGGAUCUUGCUGGGCUUUCGGAAGUGUAGAGGCCAUGACGGAUCGCGUCUGCAUCGCCAGCAAAGGCCAGAAGAAGAUCCACCUAUCUGCCGAGGACGUCACGAGCUGCUGCAACCUCGGCGACAUGGGCUGCAACGGUGGGAUCCCGUCCACCGUCUACACGUACUACAAGUCUGUGGGUAUCGUGGAUGGUGGAAACUACGGUGACAAGUCCAUGUGCUACUCCUACCAGAUGCAACCCUGCGCACACCACUCGGUGUCGCCCCACUACAAGAACUGCACCGGGGAGGAGCCUACGCCGUCCUGCGCGAGCAAGUGUGUGGACAAUGGCGCAGACUGGAGCAGCAGCAAGCACUACGGCAGUGGUGGAUACAGUGUGUGCCAGCAGGGCAGUGGAACCAACUGCGCCCAGGCCGGCUUCUUCUUCAAAGAUCCUAUGCUGGGUGGCCAUGCCAUCAAGAUCCUCGGGUGGGGCACCGAGAACGGCACACCCUACUGGCUAGUUGCCAACAGCUGGAAUGCUGAUUGGGGAGAUCAUGGGUUCUUCAAGAUUGAGCGCGGCACGAACCAGUGCCAGAUUGAGAACCCAAUCAUCAACGGCGGUCCGGUUGCAGGCCAACCCAAGCUGCGGUUGGAGGAGUUGGUCGUUUAA